CGUCUCUUUCUCUAAGAACUUGAAGGAAAUAGGAACAGAAAUAGUAUAAAAGAAAAAUAAAGUUUCUUCCUAGAAGCUAAAGGUUGAAGUUGACAAGCUAUAAAAGCUAUAGAUUUUCUACAAAUCUCUGCAUCACCUUAAAAUCCAAGAGAUUCUAGUUUUCCAUUCAGUCUGAUCUAUAUAUCAGAUCCCUCUUAUGCUUUUCUUAUAUUAAACUCUGUGUCCACUCCGAGGACGAUCUACUGCAUAUCCUUCUGCUCCAUGUCUUGCAAUGGCUUGGCGUUUUCCCCAGCAAAUUUCAUGCUCCAAGUCCAACACGAAGAUCAUCAACGCUCCACUAAUUUUGUCAAUCAAAUUCUCCCUUCUUGCACGGUUCCCCAGGACUUUCAUGCUGUAGCAUCGUUUCUGGGGAAGAGAUCAAUUCCAUUUCCAGGAAACGAUGUGUGUGAAGAAGCAAACAUGGGGGAUGAUCUAUCAGAUGAUGGUUCACAGGCAGGAGUAAAGAAGAGAAGGCUUAACAUGGAACAAGUGAAGACAUUAGAGAAGAACUUUGAGUUGGGGAACAGGCUUGAACCCGAGAGGAAAAUGCAGCUGGCUAGAGCUCUUGGACUGCAGCCCAGACAGAUUGCUAUUUGGUUUCAGAACAGAAGAGCGAGAUGGAAAACCAAGCAACUAGAGAAAGAUUAUGAUCUCCUCAAGAGACAGUACCAAGUGAUCAAAGCUGAUAAUGAUGCACUUCAAGCUCAGAACAAAAAGCUCCACGCAGAGAUAAAGGCACUGAAAAGCAGAGAAGCAAACGAAUGUAUCAACCUGAACAAAGCAACCGAAGGCUGUAGCAGCAAUAGAACCUCACCACCAACAUGUUCUGCGCCAUCGAGGAUCAAACCGGGUUUUGGCCAUGGCUCGAUCAACAACAAUAUCAUUUCGAUUGAUUCAAGCUCAGAAAAGUUGAUUUUAGAAAUCAAGAGAGACGUGAAGAAUUUUCCAAGUAAAAUUAUAUACUUGUUUCCCCAGUAAAUUGCCGUGCAGGAGCAGAUCUAGCAUAUUGGGCCAUGAAAGAAUAUAGAGCGAUGAUUCUCUUUAGCUACAGAUUUUUAAUUAUUGUUUCUUUUUUUCCCUUGCUUUGAAUUCAUGUGUUUUUGUACUGUGGAGUGCAUUGAAGUGAGUCCUUGCAAUGAUCAUUUUAAUU